UGUUGACAGAGAAGUGCUAAUUUCUCUCAAAGAGGGUGAAAGGAUACUGGACUUUUAUAUUAUCUUAUUAGUAGUGAUGUGUUGAUGCUGAGAGUUCUCUGUGUGCACCACAAAAAUUUUUGGGCCAUGUGAAAAUGGGAGAUUGGAACUUAUUGGGGAGCAUCUUGGAGGAAGUUCAUAUUCACUCCACCAUUGUGGGCAAAAUCUGGCUUACUCUUCUUUUCAUCUUUCGUAUGCUUGUGCUCGGAGUUGCCGCCGAAGACGUUUGGGAUGAUGAGCAAAGUGAGUUUGUGUGUAACACGGAGCAACCUGGAUGCAAGAAUGUCUGCUAUGACCAGGCGUUCCCCAUAUCCCUCAUUCGAUACUGGGUCUUGCAGAUCAUCUUUGUCUCCUCACCAUCCCUGGUGUACAUGGGACAUGCCCUCUACCGACUCCGAGCUUUAGAGAAGGAACGCCACAAGAAGAAAUCUCAUUUGAAGGCAGAACUGGAGGAUACGGAAGCUAUUUUCGAGGAGCAUAAAAGGAUUGAGAAGGAGCUUAAGAGGCUGGAAGAACAGAAGAAAGUGAGGAAGGCACCUUUAAGGGGUUCCUUACUGCGCACAUAUGUGUUGCAUAUCCUUACCAGGUCAGUGGUAGAGGUGGGAUUCAUUGUAGGGCAGUACAUGCUCUAUGGAAUUGGACUGACCCCGUUAUACAAAUGUGAGCGUGAGCCCUGCCCCAACAGCAUUGAUUGCUUUGUUUCCCGGCCAACAGAGAAGAAUAUCUUCAUGAUUUUCAUGCUGGUCAUUGCAGGGGUUUCCCUGUUCCUCAAUCUCCUGGAAAUAUUCCAUCUUGGUGUCAGAAAAAUCAAGCAGAGCAUAUAUGGCUCCAAGUAUGGUGGGGAUGAUGACAGUAUUUGCAGAUCAAAGAAAAACUCCAUGGUCCAACAGAUGUGUGUGCUUACCAAUUCCUCACCACAAAAACAUAAGCAUUUGACGCACACUUCCUUUGCAGUGGUGCCUGAUGGACAGAUGGAAGCUUUGCCUCUCUACAUGCCAAUGCUUGCCCCUCCAUGUAGUCAAGAGGUGCCAAACAAAGACACUCAUAGAUCUGAACAGCACUCCAGGCAAACCCGUCUUCCAAGCCAGCCUGAGGUUCAGGCUCUCCAUCAGCUGGGUGUCACAGAAUGUCGCCCCACUUUAGACAACCGUCCACAAUCCUGCAGCAGUGAGGAUUCUGGGCCCAAGGGCUCUGGACAGCUCCAAAAUGUAAAUCAGCAGCCCAGAGCCUCACUCCAAGCUAGUCACAUAGAGAUACCAGCAGCCCUACGGAACGCCCUGCGGAAACAGAGUCGGGUCAGUCAGUGUAAAGACUUCAGUGAGGAGAGUGAUUCUCCAGACAGUGUGAACUACCCCACUGCGAGGAAAGCCAGCUUUAUGUCACGGGGGCUCUCUGAUAGUCCACCGGGUAGUCCAUCCUCCAAGAGUGGAUCGGAUGCAGAGGCCAAGCGUCUUGUUCAAGGGGAGAGUCCAGCUAUGACACCACCCCCGGCCAGUGGACGAAGAAUGUCAAUGAGCAUGAUCCUGGAACUGUCUUCAAUCAUGAAAAAGUGACAAUUUGGAGAUCUUCGAAGUCUCAACUAUCUGCUAAGUGGAUAGCAACGAGAAGAGUUGCAAUGAGACUUAAUUAAUUUCCAUCUACAAAAUUCAUAAUUACAGCAAAACAUUUUGUUUGACAAUUAAUA